ACAUUUUCUCCUCUCCUUGAAGCAGCAGCCUUUUAGGACAUCUCCUUUAUGUCAGAGACACUUGCCUUGCUUCUUUGGGUUAUAAACUUUUGAUGCCAGACUCUGCAGAACGUUCCCAACUGAAUCUUAAAGUAGCAUCUUGAAGAGAGAGGCAGAGAAAGAGCAAUCUGUGACCUUCAUCCCUGCACCUUCCUUCUUCCUCUCCCUUCCCGGCUGCUUCCCCCCUCCCCAGGGGAGCGUCAAGAAAGCUCUUUUUGGAUGCAGGAGGGGGCAUCUGGUUCUGCUAGGCUGGAAAGCUGAGGCAGGAUUUGAGGAAGAAUCAUUAGGCUCCGGAGAGCCUGGACUCUUUUCUCCUCCUUCCCCCUCUCUGCUUCUGGCUUGCUCCAUCCCUUUCCCGUUUCCCCACACCACAACCCGAGACCCGCUGGUGUGCGGGGCGGGGGACGAGGACCGCGCCGCUACCGGAGUUCUGGGAAGUUGUGGCUGUCGAGGAUGGGGGUCUGUGGGUACCUGUUCCUGCCCUGGAAGUGCCUCGUGGUCGUGUCUCUCAGGCUGCUGUUCCUUGUACCCACAGGAGUGCCCGUGCGCAGCGGAGAUGCCACCUUCCCCAAAGCUAUGGACAACGUGACGGUCCGGCAGGGGGAGAGCGCCACCCUCAGGUGUACCAUAGAUGACCGAGUCACCCGGGUGGCCUGGCUAAACCGUAGCACCAUCCUUUAUGCUGGGAAUGACAAGUGGUCCAUAGACCCUCGUGUGAUCAUCCUGGUCAACACUCCAACCCAGUACAGCAUCAUGAUCCAGAACGUGGAUGUGUAUGACGAAGGCCCGUACACCUGCUCUGUGCAGACAGACAACCACCCUAAAACUUCCCGGGUCCACCUCAUAGUGCAAGUUCCUCCCCAGAUCAUGAAUAUCUCCUCAGACAUCACUGUGAAUGAGGGAAGCAGUGUGACCCUGCUGUGUCUUGCUAUUGGCAGACCAGAGCCAACUGUGACAUGGAGACACCUGUCAGUCAAGGAAGGCCAGGGCUUUGUGAGUGAGGAUGAAUACCUGGAAAUCUCUGACAUCAAACGUGACCAGUCUGGGGAGUAUGAAUGCAGUGCCCUGAAUGAUGUCGCCGCCCCUGAUGUGCGGAAAGUAAAAAUCACUGUAAACUACCCUCCCUAUAUCUCAAAAGCCAAGAACACUGGUGUGUCCGUUGGUCAGAAAGGUAUCUUGAGCUGUGAAGCCUCUGCAGUGCCUAUGGCUGAAUUCCAGUGGUUCAAGGAAGACACCAGGCUAGCCACCGGCCUGGGCAGCGUGAGGAUUGAGAACAAAGGCCGCAUAUCCACUCUGACUUUCUUCAAUGUUUCAGAAAAAGAUUAUGGGAACUAUACUUGUGUGGCCACAAACAAGCUUGGGAACACCAACGCUAGCAUCACACUGUAUGAUUCUCAAAGAAUAGCCUAACAUCCAAAACUUGGAGAUGGUAGCCUUUUAAAUCCUUAUUUCCAUGCCAGAAAAAGGGGCCCUUCCUAGUCAAGUGUGAAUAGCAAUACAUCUUAUAUAUCUCCACAAGACCAAUUCAGAAGUGGACUUCUCUUGUUUGGGGAAAUAGAUGUGAACUAUGGAGGAAUAAAGAAGGUCAAGAGUGUUUCAGACCUUGGGAGGCCUUUUGAGACUAGCUUGUCCAACAUUCAUUUUGGCAAUUAGGAAAUCAAGGCCCUGGAAGGUAUGAAGAUCCCACUGGAAACCCCAGCCUAUGUUGGGCUAGAUGCAUCCUUUGCCUGCCUGUUUCUUUUUUCUUUUUUCUUUUUUUUCUCUUUUUGCCUGCCUGUUUCAUAUUCUCUCUACUUUAUCUAUACUGAUUCCUCAAAAAAUGAGGGGAAGUUGGCAUGCAAUAUCAAGUGCUAUCUUUAAUGUGCAAAAUCUGAUUGUAUUUUACCAAGAACCUGUCUAGGAAUGGUGCUCAUAGUGACUGGUGAGGAAGGAGUCAGGGCCUCACUUUUAUCCUCUAAAAAUUUACUUUGGCACCACAAGACACAUUUGCUGUGUGUAUAAUUAUACCACCUCCCACAUACAGGCUCAAGAAUAAGUUGUAUCCUUUUAUUUCUUCUCUAUUUUAUCAUUUUAUCUUCAUUUUUCUUGCUUAUUAAACUCUAUGAUGGACCCUUGGAGAACCGAAUUUUGUUUUUUACCAGACAGAAGCUAUUACUCUACAUCUUAGUUCCUGUCUGUCUUCCUUUCCAAGUGUCCAAUACAAAUGAGAGCAAUUGUGGACAGAAAUGAAAAGAAUGACAUGGCACUGGCUUGGAUUGGUGACAUGAUAAAGCAUUUAUUUUGUUUUUCCUUCUCUUUCUACCCCCUCCUUCCAAAGGAAGACAAGAACGCCCUCACCCGCAUGUGUGCUCUAUGGCUUGUGCUUUUCUUCCCUUUGCAGUUCUCAGAGUGCAGAAGAUAUGGCUUGAGGGCUCCACCUGAUCCUUCCAUCAACCUUGCAAAUGAACCUUCAGAAGAAACUGAAGCUUUGGAGAGUAACCAGGAACACACAUUUGGAAAAAGGGACCAGAGAUCAAGCAGUUUCCAACACCAAACUUAGUCUAAUCCUUGCCCAUUGCCUCUUAUAUCCUCAUGCUCUUCACAGAGUCUAAGGUCAAGAUGAAAGGUGAGGGGCACUCAAUGAACUUAGAACUGAACCAACAAUACACAAAUAUGUCAAAUGAGACCUGCACAAACAUUUCUGGACUCUUGAGCAGAGCACUUAUCAGGAUGAUGUGAUAUAAUUAUUAAACAUCGUAUCUGGAGACUUCUCAUCUUAUCAUUCUAUGCCAUUAUUUUAAAAAUGAAUCUUGAGAAUAACAGGUGCAAUCUACUUUGAAGGAUUAUGUAAUUUAAUAAUUACAGUACAUACUUCCCUCACACACGUGCACAUAAAAGCAUGCAUGCAUAUGUGUGCACACAUACGCCCCUAGUGAGAACUCUGAGCAUUUUGUCUAGCCCCAGUAUCUUUUACUUCCCUAGACUUUAAGAUGUAUCACAAUUUAUCCUUUUGUUUUACUUGUGUCACAAAGAGAGCAAAACUUAACAGCAGCUUGGGGCUAGCAUAAUUUCCUGUUCUAGAAAAAGCCUCUGUCUUUUAUUGACAACACUACUUUCCAGGUGCUUCAGUGUCCAUCCCUCAAAUUCUCCUUCCAGAGUCACUUUAAAAAUAUGUAGAAAUGGCAGCUUUGAUCCUGCAUGUCCCCUUCUUGUAAGCUAUCCUGGGAACAAGGGCGAUGCAUUGGCUCUAGAACUCACCCCAAUUCACACCUUCCAUUGUCAUUUAUCAAAAACACAACUUUCUGAAGUUUUACUUGCAGAAAUCUUAUAAAGUCUGAAGUUACAUGGUUGAAUUUUAAAGAUUAAAAAUGAUUAGUAAUCAUAAAGCCUUGUACAAAAGAUAAAGAGAACCCGACUAGCUAAUAAUAGAAUCUGGACUAGUUCUUAGUUCUGCUGAUCAGCAGUUCAGUUCUGUAUCCAAAAUACUGCACUGAUAUUUAGAAAUUCUACAAUCAGAGUCACUGGGAACCACAUAAAGACUAUGGCUAUAGCCAACUUAUAUUUCUAGGAAGUUUUAAAUCAAAUAGAUAUUUGAUGGCAGAGGUACAAGUCAUUUUCUAAUAAUACUAACAAUCCCUGAAGUACAGAAAUAAAUGCAUGUACCUUAACAAUAUGUCAGAAGCAAUGUCUAAGUUACAUGGAGGCUUGGAUGGGGGUAAGAUCAACAUUCAGAAAAUGAAAGCCAAACUAAGCCUCCUUCAUAAAAAAUAAUGUACCAACACGCUCCAGACAUAAAUUAUAACAAGUGAUCAUAUCUUGAGCUCAGGAAUUGAACAGUCUGCUGUAGAAAGCUCUGUUGUUCUAGUCACAUAAUGUGGAUAUGAUGGGAGAGAUAGGAAGUUGUGAGGGACCGAAAAAUUAGAAUGAAGAUGCAGAGACUCAGAGAUCUCAUUUACUCACAAAUCACGGGCAUAUUCAUUUGCAUUUAUUGCCUUGGAGAAAGAUAGAAUUGGACACUCAUGGAAAUAAUGUCUGAAUUAAAAGCAGAGAGAGGUAAGGAUUGAUGCUUUAGAAUGACCUGAUUGAGCAGUUUGUGAAGAUAAAGGAGACGCUAACUAUAAGAUCAAAUCCCAGUGAGCAAGAUGUGAACCAAAUUAGAUCUGGGAUUUAGUUUACCUUUUUUUUUUUUAAUGCUGGAAAGAAGUAUUAUUUAGUGCCUUAGUGCCUCUUUCAGAUACCAUUAAUCUUAGCUCUUUUGAGUUGCUUAUCUGAUAAAGUGUAAAUGGCUGGCAUGUUCAUAUACACUUGGCCAUAGAAACACAAGGAUGUUUCAUCGUGAGCAGGGACCAUCUACUAUGCCAUAUCUCUCCUUUUGCAUAGGUUUUUCUCCUGUCCUGAGAAGUAUCUCAAAUUUGACCAUUGUAAGCAUAAAAAAUGGUGGCUGUUUUGCUGAUCCCGGAUUUUACAUUUUUAAAAAAAAAUCAAAUGCACACAUUAAAGGGAUGUUUCUGUGAUUGAAUGGUAUGACUGCCCUCCCUUCUAAACCAAGAUAUACAAUAAAGAUAGGUCAGUCUAGUGAAAUGUGCUUAAUCUCAGUCCCAUUUUAGUGCUAAUUCAUUUGCUAACUUAUCUCCAGCUUGAAGAACAAUAACCGUCAUUCAUCAUCAUCAUCAUUAUCACCAUCCACAGCAACAAAAACAAACAUUUGUGGAUCAUCAGCUGUGAUUAUAGUUCCAGAUUUGCAAGUUACACUCAUCAGAAGGCCGUCCUUGGACAAGUACUCAUUAUGCUUCAGGUGAGACAUCUGAACCCACCAUGCAGAAGAAUUAUGGGGAAAGUCUUAACUACAACUUGUGAGCCAUUGCACAUCUGUUUGGCUAGAAAGGAACAGAUAGAUGUUCUGUUGAAACAAGAUGAAUGGGGUUCUUUAGGAAUUCACUUAGAGUGGUUAGGGCUAGAACAGGCCCCACCACCAUACCUUCUAAUCACAGGAGAGACUAUUAAGGAAUAAAACCUAAAUAUGGGAUAAGAUCUAAAUCAUGGCUCUCCCAAAAGAUAUCCUAAAGUUGGGGGGGGGGUGCUGCUGGAUGAAUCCUAAGUAGACUUGAAUCUCAAAGAGUCCAGUACACCUGUAAUCCAGGCCAGCAUGUGGGAAUGGUCUUGCAUCAGUACCUGUACCAAGAACGAUAACUUCAGACACUAUUCAGGAUGUUUUUCUUCAGUAAACAAGAACUCUCUAGCCAUGCUCCUUUUCCUGAAAAGAGACAGGCCUGAGAAUUGUCUCUAUAAGCUCCUAAAUAAUAGCCAUGUCUUCCUGGAUUAAACAGGGCAUCUGGUUAAAUAAAGGUCCUUUCUUGUGAGCACACACCUACUCACUUUAAAGAGUGAAAUUUAGCAGAUUGGGACUCAUGUGGCACAAUAAGCCGAAGAUGAGAGGCGCUCCCUCCUGCCGCAGGAUAGGAGGUUCUCCUACCUGCUGAGUCUGUUAGUCAUGCCCAUGCCAAAGCUGCUUGUACAAGGCCCGUGCUCAUGAAUAACCAGCAUUCUAAAGAACCACAAGGCAAGAAGGGCUUUUGAAUUCUCAAAUAGGUAAAUUAAAGUCUUCCCCAUCAAUGCCGUUUUAUAGAGUUGGUCAUGAUUGACCAGUCCCUCCUGGGAGCAUGGAGGAGGUGUGAUCCAAGCAUAUUCAGUUAAGUAUGAAAGAGAAAGCUCUGAUUCAAAUGGAGGCCAUGUGCCUCCAUCCUCCCACAGACCAGCAAACUCUAGGAAGUGUCUCUUUGUAGAUGCCUUGGCACAUUUUACUCAGAGGCGUCUGGGCUCAAAUUUAGCAAUACAGGAGCUACCAGUGUCCACUUUAAUGUCCUGAACACCAUGACCAGCAUACAAAUCUUCUCACCAGUGCCUACACUAGUUUCAGCCAAGCGAGAACUGGUAAAUCUGACCCAUCCACUUUCAGUCUAAGGACACUCAAAUCCCACGCCUUUAGCAAUUCUGGGAUACAAGGAAGGGGUGACUCCAAAGCUGCCAAAUUUCUGUGAGGUUUGGGCAGACUGCUGCAGAUCAUGUUGCCAGGAAGAAGUGGAGAAGCUGGCCCCUGGUGGUGAGGACGGACUAUCAGAAGAACGCAGAGAGACCUGAAGCCAACAAUCAUUCCUCAAUUUUGCUAGUAACAGCCAGAACCGAAAACUACUCCUUCCUAAGCAUGGCCUAUUCCUCUCGGGUGGAAGGUCGGCGUUGGUGGUAUAGUGGUGAGCAUAGCUGCCUUCUCUCGGGUGGAAAUGAGCCAUGAGAACACAGGUACGGUAAUCCCUGAGUGUUUCGGCUCUGACCUCAUUUCUGCCUCUCAGUGAAUCUGCAGCUACUUAUUUAAUUCCCAGAAUCAAUCAGAACAGAUUAGAAUUAUAUGAAUACUAUUUGGUAUUAAAAUCUAUUUUUUUCUCUAAUUUGUGACUAAAGGCAAGUUUUUGCAGGGUAGGCAUGGUGGGAAGAAAGUCCCUAAAACACCGGUUAAUAGAAUUUGAGAUUAUUUAAUACUAACCCUCGAUGUUUCAGGCUUUUUUCUUUUUUUUUUUUUCUCCCCAUCUUUUCUUUUUGUGAUAGCUGCACUAGGCUGCCUCCCAGAAAUAAUCACACAUAAAGGCCUUUCCCUAACUGGGUUUGGCAUUUUGCUCAGGUUAUGAAGGGAGGUGUUGGGACCCAAGCAGGUUGCUGCAAACCUCAGUCAGCACCGUCUGGAAAGCAUUGGAGAUGCAGUCCUCAUGAGGGCCACCCCUCCUCUGCUUCUGUUAGGAGGAUGAAGGUAGUUUUCUGGACCCAUCUGUCAUCAGAGCACAUCCACAGAAGGAAGCCGCUCCACCCCAACGAAGGGAGCUAAAGAUCAGUGGCUUGAGUCCGAUGCACUUUCGC